AGUUUAAAUAAGGUUUAACGGCAGCGGCUGGUUGGGCUGUGAGCGCCGGUGUAGGUUGACAGGAAGGGGCGGCAUGAAGGAGGAGCCGCUGCUGCGGUAAAAGUGUUCACAGUGCGGCUGAUUCUCCUCGCUUUCCCCCUCUCUCCCUCUAAACCAAACCAGACCUCGCAGACUUUCCCCAGGACGGUCCAAUUCUCUUCGGCCCAACAUGUACCGGUAUUUGGGGGAGCUACUUACCCGAGGAGCGGGCAGCGUCCUGGCCUCGGGAGCCCCUGCCACUGCCGCUGACUCGGCUCUGCCAGCGUCCGCCUCCCUGCUGCGCUACCGCGGCUACAGCCAGGCCGUGGACCAGGAGGACGACGACCCAAACUUUUUCAACAUGGUGGAGGGUUUCUUCGACCGGGGCGCCGCUAUCGUGGAAGACAAGCUGGUGGAGGGCUUAAAAACCCGGGAGAGCCCCGAGCAGAAGAGAAAGCGAGUCCGUGGGAUCCUGAGGAUCAUCAAACCGUGUAACCACGUCCUGAGCCUCAACUUCCCCAUCAAGAGAGACAGCGGGGAGUGGGAGAUGAUCGAGGCUUACCGAGCCCAGCACAGCCAGCACAGGACGCCCUGCAAGGGAGGAAUCCGUUACAGCAUGGACGUGUGCAUGGAUGAGGUGAAAGCUCUGGCGUCCCUGAUGACGUACAAAUGUGCCGUGGUUGAUGUGCCGUUUGGCGGAGCCAAAGCUGGAGUCAGGAUUAACCCGAGGAAGUACUCGGACAUUGAGCUGGAGAAGAUCACCAGGAGGUUGACCAUCGAGCUUGCCAAGAAAGGCUUCAUUGGGCCGGGUAUCGAUGUUCCUGCUCCUGACAUGAGUACUGGAGAGAGGGAGAUGUCCUGGAUCGCUGACACCUUCGCCACCACCAUGGGACACUACGACAUCAAUGCUCACGCCUGUGUCACCGGGAAGCCCAUCAGUCAGGGAGGAAUCCACGGUCGUAUCUCCGCCACGGGUCGGGGAGUUUUCCACGGCAUUGAGAACUUCAUCAACGAGGCCGCCUACAUGAGCCAGCUGGGGAUGUGUCCUGGCUUCCAGGACAAGACCUUCGUCAUCCAGGGUUUCGGUAAUGUGGGUCUCCACUCGAUGCGUUACCUUCAUCGCUUCGGGGCUCGGUGUGUUGGGGUUGGAGAGAUGGACGGUAACAUCUGGAACUCCCAAGGCAUCGACCCCAAAGAGCUGGAGGAGUACAAACUGACUCAUGGGACCAUUGUGGGUUUCCCCAAUGCAACGCCAUAUGAAGGAAACAUCCUGGAAGCUGAAUGUGACAUCCUGAUCCCCGCCGCCAGUGAGAAACAGCUGACCAAGAGCAACGCACACAAGAUCAAGGCCAAGAUCAUCGCAGAGGGAGCCAACGGGCCAACCACACCUGAAGCAGACACUAUCUUCCUGCAGAGGAACAUCAUGGUGAUCCCGGACCUGUACCUAAACGCUGGCGGUGUGACGGUGUCGUACUUUGAGUGGUUGAAGAAUCUGAAUCACGUCAGUUAUGGUCGCCUCACCUUCAAAUAUGAGAGAGACUCAAACUACCACCUGCUCAUGUCAGUUCAGGAGAGUUUAGAGAGGAAGUUUGGGAAACAUGGCGGCGCCAUCCCCAUCGUCCCCACUUCUGAGUUCCAGGCCAGGAUCUCUGGAGCGUCAGAGAAAGACAUUGUCCACUCGGGUCUGGCCUUCACCAUGGAGCGCUCAGCCAGGCAAAUCAUGCGAACGGCCAACAAGUACAACCUGGGUCUGGACCUGCGGACAGCUGCCUACGUCAACGCCAUCGAGAAGGUGUUCCAGGUUUACAACGAGGCCGGCCUCACCUUCACAUAAAGUCACCACCAUUCUCCAGCGACCUCUGACCUUUCUGUUACUCAUCUGUUACCCAUGUCUUACCUGUCUGUUACCUUUCUGUUACCUCUUACCUAUCUGUUGCCCGUAUUUCUUGUGUUUCUCCGAUGACCUCUGCAGGAUUUCCGUCAGCCUUCACAUGGCGGCGUUUACGCUUUAUUGCACAGUAGCGGUGUGAAUGGAUGUCUUUGAUUGGUUGUGUUCAUUCCUUCUCUGGAACCAUCUGUUUACGUUUCUCGUCUUCCUCUGUAGACGGGACUUUACUCUAAACACUAAACGUCUUAACGUUACAGUGGCUGCAGCUCCUGUGAAUCACCGCUCUGCUGCUUUAGACCAAAUAUAUCGAAUCACAAGAUCAGCCUUAACAGCACCACAUGUGGCCAAAAGUAUAUGGACAGCUUCACUACAGCCUUGUGUCAUGAUCGAUAGUUUUGAAAAUGUGGAGGCAAAAGAGGAAAGACAGACAUGAAGCCCUUCACCAUUUAGCCAGAAGGAAUUAUAGAGAACCUGAUAUUCUGAAUGAUCAGAGAACUUCAAGACAGACCCAAAAUCUAGAUCCUCAAUUAGCCAACAGUCCUUCAUCAGAUCUGAGAAGAUCAGAUAUACCAACAAUCUUUACCUCAGGUUGACUGUUUUAGUGGGCAUCUUUUAGAAAAGAGGGUGGAACAGGCAAGGACCACUCAGUCCUCUUUAGAAGUAAAGGAUGGAAUGUUCUUUAAGCUUUGAUGAUAUCUUUAAAGGCAAGGAUGGGAUAUUCUUAAAGCUUUGAUGACAUUACCUUUAAAGGCAAAGAUGGAAUGUUUCAUUAGCUUUGAUAACAUCAUCUCUGAAGGCAAGGAUGGAGCAAUUCAUUCGCCUUGAUGAAAUCAUCUUUAAAGGCAAGGAUGGAAUGUUUUACUAGCUUUCACAUUACCUUUAAAUGCAAGGAUGGAUGGUUUUAUUAGCUUUGCUGUCAUCAUUUCUAAAGGCAAGGAUGGAGCAAUUAAUUAGCCUUGUUGUAACAUCUUUAAAGGCAAAGAUGGGAUGUUCUGUAAGCUUUAAUGACCUCUUAAAAGAAGAACGUGAAUGUGCUUUAAAGAUUGUUGUAUAUCAGAGUUCUAAUAAUGAUACUGAGAUGAA